AAUCGAUAGCGCCUCGCCUUAUCGAUCCUUCUAGCGGCAAGAUAUCGAGAAUUUUCGAAAUUAUUUUCGGUUUGACGCUUGUUAUUUUAUUCGCGAACGGAUCGGAACCGAAUGGCUACGCUACGGAACCACAAUUCGGCGGGCGGUGGGGGGAACCACAGCAACCACAACGGCCAGGACUCGCCACAGGCGCCCCAGGACGCGGUCGCCACGCUGGCCAUCGGCUAUGUGCGGGAGUUCAGGAUGCGCGUGGCCACCUUUCAGACGCAGCGGUCCGAGGAGUCGCUGGUCUACGUGCAGCGCAGCGUGGCGUUGCUGAGCACCAAGGUGCAGCCGGCGCACUUCGCCCCCACGCCGGGCAACCUAGAGCUGGCCCGCUUCUACGUGGAUCUGCACGCGCUGAUGGGCGCCCUGGAGAACGAGGGUGCCGAGGACGACGUGCUGUGGGCCUGCGUCGGGCUGGUGCAGUGCUGCAGCCGGAAUUUGGAGGCCCGUCAGGCGAUCGUCGAGAAGUUCUGCUUCGUGCCGCUGCUGGGAGUGCUCAUAAGGCGGACCAAACGAACGGAACGGGUGCACCGGCUGCUGGUGCUCCUGCAGGACCUCACAUACGGCAUACACAUCGCCUGGGAAGAGCCCUACCUGGCAGCGCUGAUCGAGCACCUGGUGGGGAUCGUGCUGAGUACGGAUGAUGGCUCCAGCAGCGCGAGUGGUGGCUCCAUUCGCGACGACGACGACUCACAGGCGCUGCUCGCCCUCUCCGUGCUGGUGAACCUCUGCUACAAGAACUUCGCCGUGCUGUUCCUCUUCCUGCGAAGCGUCAAUAUAUCCGCCUUUUGCAGCCGCAUACAAAACUACGGCCUGCUGGCCUACAAAAUGCUCAUCAUCCUCUCGGAGGAUGUCUACGCCUUCGAACAGUCCGAGCUGUGCACAUUCCUGCGCAUGUCGUUCGCCGGCAUCGAGGACUGCCUGAAGCACUGGAACGUGGCCCAGCUGCGGCACAUCGUUGACUUCCUCUUGGACUCGCAGUGCCACGCCGGCCUGCAUCGGGCGAUGCUGUCCCAUGGCUACUUCUGCACGGAUGUGGAGAAGCUGCUGAACCAAAUCGACGCACGCAGCGGCAUGGACGACUCGCAGGAGGAGACGCGCAAGCACCAACAGAUUUCCCUGGGCCUGGUCUUCCGCCUCGUCAGCUACAUUCUGCUGCUGUCCGAGGACGCCAACAGCUGCAUCAGCCUGGACGCCAUCACGCCGCGACUGUAUGAGAUGGUCGGCGACUGGCUGGGCUCCGAUCAGUGCGGCGUGGCGGCCAUUGAGCUGCUCUGCACCCUGUUGCGCCUGGGCAAACGGGAAGCGGUGGCCCAAAUGAUAUCCCGUGAUCCCUCCCACCUGGUCAGUUUGGUGGCCAGCGCCGAGCGACCGGACACAAAGCCCGGCCAAGUGUUGGCUACUCUGCGUCUGCUGAUCGCCCUGCUCCAGGAGACGAAGACCGAGAAACUUGUGCUGUCAAAGGUGUCCGAGUCGUACUUCGAUAAGAUCCUGGCGGCACCGCUCGCCCUCGUCCCGCAGUUCCUCAGUACACAGAGCCUUGCGCAGUCCGAAGUGGAAAAAGCUUGCUUUUGCCUGCUGCUCCUCGUCAAUGUCGCCGGCAUCGCCAAGAAGGCCUAUCUGGACAAGUGCUGCACGCUGCUCGAGCAGCCGCAGCUGCAGUACUGCUUGGCCCGCGGUAUGGUCAGCAGAAGCGAAGCGUUGGUGGGUGCCGUUCUACAAAUUGCGCAGUUCGAGCACUUUCCCAAGGCAGCUGUAGCUAAGCAUGUGGCUGCAAUCACCUCUAGUCCCAGUGGAGCGAUGGCGGGCGCUUCAGCUGCCUGCAGCGACCAGGUCGAGCAGUGGCGCAACCUAAGCUCGAUUCUCAAGGGCCAUCGCACCUUCACCGACAAAGAUAUGGCCCAGCGGGUCAACGCACUUCUGGACAGUAUCGGAGGUAUUGUGCGCCGCAACGAAUUGGCAUCGGCACCCGUCUCGCAGGUGAUCGAGCUGUACAACCAUCGCAUCGACAGCCUGAACGGCGCCGUGGUGAGCCUGCAGCAGCGCCUGGAUCAGGCUGGCCAGCAGCUGGUUAGUGGCACCCAACUGGCACACGUGCAGAGCGCUGAGCUCGAACGCUUCCAGUCUACCAACUUCGAGCUGCUCAUCAGCCAAGAACGGCUGCAGACUCAGUGCAAAGAUCUCAAACAGCAGACGGUCGAACUGAAGAGCAACAUGACCAACCUGCUUAAGCAGAUGUCCGAGAACUCCGUCCAUUUGCAGGCCAGCGAACGCCGAUUACUCGUGAAAAAGUCCGAGAUUGCCGAACUGCAAAAGGACUGCGAGGAGCUGCGAACGAACCUGAGUGCCAAGACCGAGGAGCUCACCAAACUGGAGGCUCACAACAAGGAAAACACCUCUCGGAUCGAUAAACUCAAGAAGUCCAUGGUGGCCUACGAGCAGGACAUGACGGAGAAGCUGCGCACCAUCGGGGAGCGGGAUCGGGAGUUGGCCAAGACGCACAAGGCUUUGGAGGAGCAGCGGGAGGCGUGCAAGAAGUCCGAGGACCUGAUUUCCGUGCUGGAGACGCAGCUGCAGGAGCGCAAGGAUCAGAUCGAGAACCUCGAGAUGGAACAAAAGGAGACGGAGGACUUGCGGAAGACGAUAAUGAGUCUCAUGGAGAGCAAAAAGCCGAAACGGAAGGCCUGAGACUCAACUGCAACUCAUUUUUAAUUUAGUUUAGACUAGCAUCUAAUGAACUUCACAGCCGGCAUCAAAACGUUAUUUUAUCAUAUUUAUAUACAUUUAUUGCGUCUUGCACUGUUUAAUGCAAAACAUUGUUGCCGUGCAAGGUUCCAUUCCAAUUCCAAUUCAAACAAAAAUACAAAUAUUUGAAUAA